AUGAAAUAUACAUACCUUGGGGACAGCCGACAGCAACUUUUGGCGGCAAGAUCACAUCCUGCCAAUGACGCAUCGUCGGCUUCGUCAAAGCGAAAUUCACAAGAAUGGCCGUUGCCCGGCUUACCAUUCCGAAAGAAAGACAAAGAUGAUCCGAGACGAGGGUCAGAGGAGACAGAGUUGAUGCACAGAGAAAGAACCGAUGUUUCAUCAGGAUCCACCGCCUCUCAAUCCAACUCCUUAUAUUCCGACGUGAAAACGGCCUAUGAUGGCAGGCAAAUUUCCAAUGAGCCUGAAGCAAGAACUGUCAACGCCCAUCAUAGAAGAGCGUGGAUCAGGGGAGCUUUGCUAUCUACUUACCUUGCCUGCGUUGUUCUGCUUGUCAAUAUCAUCAUCACCCUUCUUGCUACCAUAAGGGCAUAUAACUCCGUCAUAUUCGCCUCCACUGCCGUGCAUCAAUACAAAGUCUUAGUAGCCCCCAACGUAGGCGAUUACAGCCUUGUGGCUAGCGAAUGUGUUAGGUCUGCCCUGAACCUCACGAAAUCCGAUUUUCUCCAAUCCAUGACUCAUGACUCUUUUGAACGCCUUUCACCGAAGGAAUGCAUCGACACAUUCGCUGUUGACUACCUACCAGGUAGUGGCACUCUUGUGAUCCUGACGGACGACUUGAGCCAUGAUAAUGUCACUGUCUGGGAUUCUGGCACUGGUAGCGGUCCAAGAAGGGCGAUGAAAAAAGGGAAAAAAGACUACGACUGGAUGUGUCGCGGCCAGCAGGGGUUGGAUGAGUGUAACGGCGAUCAGAUUGACCCUGCAAACUGGAAGGUGACAGCUUCGCCUUUGGAAGUUAAGCGGCUGAAUAUAACAGCGCCUACUCAGAAGGGAACAGUAACCUUCAAUAAGGAUACGUAUGCGGAGGUGUCACCGUGCUACAGUAAACCGCUGACCGCACCUGAUACACUCUGCCGAGAUAUGGAAAUGCUUUAUCGUUAUAUUUCAGAGAAUCAAGAUAUUGGCGCUGUUAGCCGUUUCCUUCGCGAUCCCCAGAAUUGGGCCAACAGCUCGUGGGCUGAUGCAGUUACCGUUGAAAGUAUUUCUGAAUGCGCAUAUUCAAAUGAAAAUGAGCCGGCCAAAACGGAGACUUUUAAAGCGGCAGGUUGCCUCAGCGAGAAAAUUCCAGAAAAUUGCGAACUCAGGUUCAGUUUCCCAGUCGCCAUCGCCGUGCUUGGGCUCAAUAUUGUCAAUGUCGUCUGCAUGUUCAUAACAGCCCAUGAUGCCAGGGACGAUGUGCUACUGACUAUAGGAGACGCAAUAUCGUCAUUUCUAAGUCAGCCUGAUCCAAAUAGCCGGGGACGAUGUCUUUCGUCCAAAUCAAACGUGUAUACCAGAGCAUUUACAACCUCUUCAGAGACGCGUUAUUCUCAGGUCAAUAUUCCAAAACGUCUGUCUAGGCCCAGAAGAUGGUUUCAUUCGGUAAAUUCGUUCCAUUGGUACAUAGUAGUUGCACUGUACUUUGCCAGCCUCGCCGCUGCUAUCUAUUUGCAUCGAAUCGAAUUCGGCUCCGGAUAUGGUGAAGGGAAACUCCCUGGGUUUUCGGCCGACUCCGCCAAAGCCGGCUCAGCCAUCUCGAUCUUUUCGCUCAAGUCCAGCCGCUCGAAAGAUAUCAUGUCAUUAAUGAUUCUUGCAAACACUCCUCAGCUUGUGAUCUCGAUUUCGUAUUUCCUUUACAACAAUAUUCUAACGUCCAUGCUCCUCGCUGCCGAAUACAACGGCUAUGCUCUACAUCGUAACUAUCUCCGGGUCACCAAGCCACAAGGGAAGCAAAGGUCAGAAUUCUAUAUUAGUCUUCCAUACAAAUACGGCCUGCCAUUGAUUGCUGUAUUUGUUGUCCUGCAUUGGUUGGCAUCACAAUCUUUGUUUUUUGCGCAGGAAAUUCCAUAUUACUUCGACGGGCGGUUGGCCGACAAAUACAUAAUGAGUUCGUUGGGCUUCUCCCCAAUUCCUAUGAUAAUCGCCGUGACGCUUGGAAGUCUUAUGCUCGUAGCAGUAUCUGCGUUGAGCAUGAGACGUUUCGGCUCCAGGAUGCCUCUCGCCGGUAAUUGCAGUGCUGGAAUUAGCGCAGCCUGCCAUCCACCAGAGAAUGAUACGGAUGCCGCAUAUGAGCCUGUUAAGUGGGGCGAGGUAGUAACAGCUACGCUACAAGAGUUUAGAAACUUGAGCGCAAACGGCGGCGAAGAUGACGCUCGUUCUACACUGAGCCGGGCUAGUACGGCGACGCAGAGCCGUGGCUCUAAGUCAACAUCAGUUCGCGUAUCGCAUGCGAUGACGGCAUUAUCGUUGGAAUCUGCCGGUGUUGCGCAUUGCAGUUUUACUUCUCAUGAUGUCGUGACGCCUUCCCCGCGCCGACUGGUUAUGAUCGUUGGGGCCUGGGUUGGCUCCAGUUAG